ACAGCCACAGAUGGCCCCGUCUGCUACUGAUCUUAAGGAAGAACAGCCUGCAGUCCCCCCCAAUGCUCACGAUGGCGAAAAGCAGUUCGGUAUUAAAGAGAGGGCGCUCUUAAGAAAGCUCGACCUUCGGAUUUUACCUCCGUUAACGUUACUGUAUCUCCUAUCCUUUUUAGACCGAAGCAAUGGUAAUCAUUUACCUGCCUGCGCGUGAAUAACCGCACGCGAUACUGAUGCUUAAACAGUGGGCAACGCAAAGUUGGACGGUCUGACGACCGAUAUCAAAAUGACUGGAGACCAGUAUCUCACAGGGCUGACUCUGUAUUUCAUUGGCUAUGUUCUGUUUGAAAUACCCUGCAAUAUCAUUCUCAAGCGGACGACCCCCCGUUUAUGGCUGCCGACAAUCACGCUUUUCUGGGGCAUUGUCGCAACCCUGCUAGGAGUAGUUCAAAACUACGCUGGCUAUUUGACGUCACGGUUUUUUCUCGGGGUUACUGAAAGCGGUCUCUUUCCAGGAGUGGUGUUCUACUUAUCAAUGUGGUAUAAACGGAAUGAACAGCACUAUCGCAUCUCGCUGUUUUUCAGUGCUGCCUCGUUAGCUGGAGCGUUUGGUGGUAUAUUAGCUUGGGGAAUUGGCCACAUGAAAGGAGUAGGAGGCUACAAUGGCUGGAGAUGGAUCUUUAUCCUUGAAGGUCUACUGACUGUAGUGGUCUCUGUAUUGGCAUAUUUUUUUGUUCACAAUUACCCAUCAACAGCCGAGUUUUUGACUGAAGAAGAGCGUGAAUACAUCCAAUUUAGACUGAAGUACGAUAACGAUGCUACUCGCGAUGAGAGCUUUACAUGGGCUGCAGUCUUGACUGCAUUUAAGGAUCCGAAGGUCUGGUUAUAUGGACUCGGCUUCCAUACUGUCUCUUUACCACUAUACACAUUGUCGCUGUUUCUGCCCUCGAUUAUUUCCGGCCUAGGUUACUCCAACGCCAGUGCUCAACUGCUGACUGUUCCGCCUUACGCCGUCGCCUUUAUUCUUGUGGUGGUGGUUGCAGUAUACUCGGAAAAGACUCAUCUCCGCGCACCAUUUAUCAUGGGCUCCUCGGCGCUCGGAAUCAUUGGUUAUAUUAUUCUCCUCAGCACUCAUAGCUCUGGCAGUUCUUAUGUCGGUACCAUCUUUGCAGCUGCUGGAAUUUACCCUUCUACGGCCAUAGUCCUCUCGUGGCCUGCCAACAACGUCUCCGGCCAAACUAAGCGGGCCGUUGCCAAUGCCAUGCAGAUCUCUAUUGGUAAUCUUGGCGCUGUAAUGGGCACACAACUGUACCGGUCUGAAUGGAGUCCUCGAUAUUUCGUCGGUCAUAGUCUUGCUCUGGCGUAUUUAGCAGCAAACAUUGCGGUGACCGGUACGCUAUGGCUUGUUUUGAGCAGAGAAAAUGAAAAAAAAGCGGAAAUUCGAAGGACCCAGAAUAUUGCAUCUUUAGAAGAGGUUGGGGCAGCAGAUGGUGAGUUUUUAGGGGAUGAUGACCCAAGAUGGGUGUUCCAAACCUAGAUAUCUGUGUAAGGGUAUGACAUCUGUGAAUAUAAGUAGAGCUAUGUCGUGUGACAACACCUAAAAAGCUUCCAUGAACCGCUAGGUGACAGUAAAGCCGUAUAUAUGAAAAUAAUCUUAUUUUUAUCUAUAUGCAGCCUACUAAUUCGUAAUAUUCCCACUUAGAACUCAUUUUUCAAUUAUCGACCAACGGAUUUUUUAC